AUGAUUCCAACAAUUCUUCCAUCUACAAUCAGUAAAGUAAUUGUACUAGACAUUGAUAUACUACUUAAUACAGAUAUUAUUGAAUUAUGGAAUCAUUUUGAGUAUUUUAAGGAAACUCAGAGCAUAGGUAUUGGAUUAGAACAAAAUCCAUAUUUUCAAGAAGUUAUGACUAGGUUAGAAAGUAAUUGGAAAGGUUACGGAUAUAAUAGUGGUGUUCUGUUACUUGAUCUGUCUAAAUUACGAUCAACCGAUUGGAAUCAUCUAUGGUUAGGCCUAACUAGAAGAGCUAUUGAAAGACAAGGUUACUUAACCACUGGUGAGCAGGACACUAUAAAUCUAGUACUAUUUGAAUUCAAUUACAUUCUACAUGAGAUUCCAUGUGAAUGGAAUAUUCAAUUGAGUGGAGGAAGUGCUGAACAACGAUGUCUUGUAAGUUGGUUAACUUAUAAUGAAUUAAAGAAACGUAAUUAUACGACAAAUUUUAAACAACCAAAACUUAUUCAUAUUAAUCAUCAUAUAAAACCAGAUGAUGUAAAAGUGAAUGAUACACCGACUGAGUACAUUGAUCAAUCUGAUAUCAUUCUUAAACAAAAUGAACUAUAUGAUAAAUUCGUAUCAGUAUACCGUCAAUAUACUCGAUUACAUGAAUCAUGUUUCCAAUAG